ACAUUCAGUCGUCACUCCACUUGAAUUUGUCGACACAGCUUUGCGUCCAACAGCUUUUUUUUUCCAAUUUGCAUACCGGGUGUUUAUUAGCUAUAAUAUAUUUCAUAAUUAUCAGCUAUGGCGUUUUCCAAUUCCGCAUCGAUUGCACUGUUAUUGGUGGCAACAAUUUGCUGUUCCAUCGUGAACGCAGGUCAGGUCGUUCCUCUUCCUUCCGCUGUCGAUCGCCAAUCCAAGCAAAUUUACUUGGCUCCUUCCCAAUUCUACAACUACUACGAUCCAGGCUUCCAGUAUCAGAUGUUGAUCCCAACAGAAAUCGACAACUCAAAAUUGACCUCUGCAGGCGAUGAUUCCGAACCGGAAGCGUUGCUGCAAGGAAGACAAAAUCUGCCCAUAACUGCCACCCCAGCUGCAGCAGAGUGUCUUAUAGCCGAUUCCGGUAAAAACGGCUUGGGCGGUUGCACAAAGGGAUCGCAAGCGGCUUCAGGAAACAUCGAUCUGAAAUUCACUGCCGCUAAACAGGGAGUCGUCAUUGCACUCGUGCCAAACCCCAGAAGAUAUUCCAAAGUCAAGAUCACUUGUUCGGAAAUCACCGAUAAAGUUAUGGCCUUUACGAAAACUGCUAAAAUUGCGGCGACGAAGGAUACGCCCGUGACCGAGUUGAAACAGACGCAAAUUCUAGUUGUCAGUGCUGCCGAUAAGGACGUUUUUAAGUGCAGUUGGGAAUCCUCUUAAUAAUCCAACAUGUCACGGGCUUUUUUUAUACAGCAUCCAAGUAAAUUAGAAUACCACAAUGUGUGUACAGUUUCGACUGCCUGACUAAUUAUUAUGCUUAAUUGUUAUCGAUAUAUAGAUAUUCAAUCCACGAGUCAGUGGUGUAUCGAUUACAUUAUUGUUGUUGCUGUGCAGGUAGAAUGUUAGACGUCCAUGAAAUAUUUAAUAAAUUGUAUUUGAAAACUCUUUAAAAAAAUAAACAUCAAGAUCCCUAAACUCUAUAUA